AUGAGUCCGUACAUGAGCCCCAACCCGUUGUGGUCGCGGGACCUGGGGAGCGAGUUGCAGGCCGCCCCCGAGACCUUAUCCAGCUGGGACAACUGCAUGGCCAAAUCCUACUGCAAAUGGCCCGUCGUCGCUGCCAUCAUCGUCGGCUCCGUCAUUGUCAUCGCCAUCCUGGCCUGCGUCAUCAACUGCCUCUGCUGUGGCAUCCAGUGCUGCCGCUGCUGUGGCUGCUGUUCCUGUUGCUGCCCCAAACCGCGGAAUAAGAAACCCAAAUACAUGGACGACCCCUACGAUCCUUCCUUCAAUCAGCCCCCGCCGCCCAUGCCCGCCCCGUCCGGCAACGUCUAUGCGCCCUCCCCGGCGCCGCCCGUCUACCGCGGCACCGCCGUCGCCCGCUUCGACUCCCCCGCCAGCUCCGCCCCGCCCUCCAAGGCGAACGAGGAUUCCCUGCCCGCCAUGCCCACCUGGGACAGCGCCGUGUCCCGCCGCGUGGAGAAUGACCGCGACGCCGUCGAGAUGGAGCCCCUGAACCUCGCCAACCAGGAACCGCGGCGCACGCCCUCCGCGAGCCAGCGCCCCCUAGCACCGGGCUACAUGGGUCCCGCCCCGAUGCGCACGGGGACGCCGGGGACCCCGUCUAGCUUCUACCCCGAGUCGCGGGCCUACGACGACCAGAGCAUGUACCGCACGCGCUCCCCCGCCCCCAUGGGCGCAGGCCCCAUGGCGACGGGCCCCAUCUCCCCCUACGACCAGUCCCACCACGACUACCCCGGCGGACACCCCUUCCAGACGAUGUCGCCCGCACCCCCGGCCAUGUCCCCCGCGCCGCCAUCCAUGUCGCCCGCCCCGAUGGGCUACGCGCAACCACAGUACAUGGCCAUGGGCCCAUCCGGCUCCCCCGCGCCCGACGGACCCCGUCCCAUCCCCUACCGCCAGCCAUCCCCAGGCCUCAACGCCCUCGGCGGACCCGUCCCCUACCGCCAACCCUCCCCAGGCUUCAACCAAACGCCGCUCGGCUCCCCCGCCCCCAACGUCAACGAGCAAUACCAAGCCAUGCCCAUGCACAUGCCCUACCGACAACCCUCGCCCGGCAUCGGCAUGGCCAUCGGCCACCGCACCGACAGCCCCCGCCCCAUCCCCUUCCGCCAACCCUCCCCGGCCAUCAACCAGAUGCCCUACGCGCGCGAAAUGUCCCCCAGCAUCCCAUCCUCCCCGCCCCCGCCCUUCUCCGCCAUGCCGGGCCCCAACGAAACCACCAGCCAGAAUAACCCGGGCAGGCCCCCGAGUUUACUCCAGAGCGGGCGCAAACCCGCCCCGAACUCGUACAAAGAUCUUUAA